AUGGCCGCCAAUUGCAUCUUCUGCAAGAUCAUCACGGGUGAAAUUCCCUGCGCGAAGGUCGCCGAGACGUCCAGGGCGUUCGCCUUCAUGGACAUCAAUCCCCUCUCGCGGGGACACGUUCUUGUCAUCCCGAAGCAGCACGCAGAGUACCUGCACGAGCUGGACAUGGAGGGCGCCGCUGAGGUGGGUGUGCUGCUUGCCAAGACCAGCCGUGCGGUUGCUGGAUCGGACGGCUCCAUGCAGUACAACGUCCUUCAGAACAACGGCCCCUUGGCCCACCAGGAGGUGCCACACGUCCACUUCCACAUCAUCCCGAAGAGGGAUGGGGAGACAGGGUUGAAAAUCCGCUGGGAUACGGUCAAGGCAGCGUCCAACGAACUGGCCGAGGACGCGAAGCGGUACAGCGAGGCGAUUGCGAGGAUCCAAUAG